GAGCGACACGGGCAGGCAUGACGAACUUGAGAUGACGGUAAAACUGCGAAGCCGUCGUAAAAGUUCAAAGUUCCAAGUUCCGAGAUUAUCUUGUCUCCAAAAAAUGGACUUUGGUAGCGGCAAAAAUCUCCGCCAAGACGACGCUAAGAAUUGUUUAAAGUCCGCAGACACGUCCGAGUCGCAAAGUGGUAGAGAGCGCGAGAGAGAUCAGUCGCAACAGUCAACCAAGCUCCUGCCUCAUAGCGUCGCCAUGGUGUUCACUCCUACCGCCCCUCUGGGUCGCGCUCUCCGUCGUCUCGCCCUCACCACCAAGCAAGCCGGCAAGGACUACUACAAGGGUACCGGCUCAGGCUCCAUGGGUCGUCACACCAAAUAUGGUGGCUACCGUAUCGACUGGUCAAAGGUCCGCACCUAUGUCGUCCCCGAUCUCAAAGACUUUGCUCUCAAGCCCUUCGUCGCCGAGAACAUCGACAAGCCCGACAAGUGGCAUGAGCUCUCCGGCACCGUGACUGGAAAGAAAUACCUCGAUGCAUGGAAGGAUCAGGGCGGCGACAUCUGAUCAAGUCUGCCAACAUCCUGUUCUCUUGUUUCACUCGGCCUUAUGAUACCCAUGGACUGCAUCUUCCUCGCCUCCCUUCUACAGACCUCUACAUUACAUUCUCCAUUGUACUUUUAUUCUAUCAAAAUUUGUCCCUUUCUUCGGACAUCAUACACAUCGUCUGUGUCUACCUAGCGACUUUGGCGUACAUCUCCCAGAGAGGGGUGCCGGCCUGAAAACCACUGUGCAUCACUGCAGCUAAUAUGACUCUCCACUUCUGAAGUGGAGCAGCACAAUUUCUACGCUCUCAUGACCUACCUCUGGUCCCAUAACUUUCACGUCCUGCACGAAUCUAUCUUGAAUAUCUCGUCAAGUCAUGGUG